UUCUGGUACCGUAAAUGCCGAGUUAAUUGACGAUGUUCAAGGCAACCUGGGCACUGGACGAUGGAUAUUUGAUGUAGGCCAAAGUGGGGAAGUAACACCGGAUUUGCAGUGUUACCAGUGGUACGAAAAGGAAGUUGCCUUGACCAGAAAUUCUUCCGAUUUGAACUGUCCAUCGUUUUAUAACCUGGCCUUGCUGGAUGGUCGAUUUAUCCACGAAUCAGCCACAGAAACAAGUCAGCGAGUGUGUUUUGUCAAUGUCUUGCCAAAGACGGGACCAGCCAUUCGAUGCUGUUACGGAAAGGGCCUUGGCGCUAGUCUAAUUACGUCUUUGCCACUGGCCGGAAGUGCCUUGGAUAAAAAUCCGCUAUAUUUUUCAACUAAUGAUUCGACGUAUGGAUACCAAAAAUGCUGUAUUGAGUCGGACAGAUGUGGAGCAUAUUACAAGCUAUUUCCCGUCAAAUCUUCAAAAUUUUAUAAACCACCACAUUGGGGUAGGUAG